GGCAACCAAAGAACAGCGUACAGAUUACCUGCUAGCCUAGAUUUCCGCGAAAUCUUUCUGCAGUCCAGAGCAGGCAGAAGCAUUGGCCUUGCAGGCGUCGCAUAUAAAUACAGGACAGACGAAGGACUCGAGCCACAACAUGGACUCAUCGGAUUCGUGCUCGCUGUCGUCGGUGGACAGCGAGAGUGACCUGUCGCUGGCAUUCGAGCAUGAUCUGGGGGGCGUGAAGGAGCCGAGCAAUUGCGACGAAUUGCCGGCCUUUGAGAUACGCGCCUUCUCGCCGCAUGGACGCACGCCAUCACCCAUCGAUGACCUGAACAUCUCGGACAUUGAAACUCCGAAGCAGCAUCAUCCAGAGGAGCCCGCCUGCCAAAACCAUCCCGACUUUGUGGCCCUGCAUGAAAUCAACGCACAAAUCACUCCGCCCAGCGACGCCGAAGACACUAAGACGGCCCUGAGUCGCAGCAACAGCUUGGAGACGAUCUUCGAGGGCGUGUUCCUUAACACACCGCCACGCGAAAAACCCAACAACAGCCCAGGCUCCUCGCGUUUCACGCCCAAGCGCGUGCGGGCAAAUCUCAUGGAACUGGUGGCCAUCGGCAAUCGCGUACAGACCACCACCGGCAAGGAGAACCAGUCGCCGGGAGCAGGAGUGGCUGCUGCCAAGUCGCCAUCGCCAACAACCUCUCCGCGCAAGGCGUCACCAAGCUACUGCUAGACCCAACCAAAGCCAUAGGAGCACUUCUUAGACUGCCAUCGACCAAGUUCUAGACUAAGUACCGAAUACGAAUCAUUCGCUUUGUGUACACACUGCAUGUGUAUCUGAAAACAAUGAACUGAUUUUAAAUUUUACAGACCAGGAAUCUUACUUUUUGUAGUCUUAAAUAAAACAUCGUCUUUCCAUGUUUCAAACAUUCAACAAAAACUUUGG